AAACGAUUUUCCUGACGCCAAUGCUUUUCUGCAACUAACUAUAGGCUUUUAUUUCUCAAUGGAACCACAUUGACAGUGUGUUCUCCAAUAUCCCAGCUGAAAAUGGGAUUUAUAUGACUGUAAAGUGUUUGAGUGGAAGUAGGAGUAGUAGUCGGAGAAUAAUAAUAAUAAUAAUAAUAAAAAAGAUACAUUAGAAUAAAGACGCAAUGAUUAAAUAGCCCGAUGCACUGCUGUCUGUCUGCAGCUUCACCGAUCCGAGGUACCAUUAGCGCGCUUUGAGACACACUGUGCAUGUGCGCGACGCGUUUUGACGAUAUUUCGCGGGAAAAAGCCUUCCACUUAAUUUACCACCGAGACCUCAAAUUAACGGAAGACUGUAAAAGAAAAAAACGCGAGCACCAUUUCCGGGCUCGUCACUGUCGGCUACAGUGGAGCGGGACGUCGGUCUGCGGGGCUCAGGGAGCGCAGCGGUGUCAGUUUCUAUCCCGGGGCUGCUGGACGACAGCAUGGCUGCAGGAAAAGGAGCCGGGAAGCCCGCCUCGCUGUGGGACAACAUGCGGGUACGGUUCGCCGUCUGCUUCCUCGGAGUCUUCGUCUGUUACUUUUACUACGGGAUAUUACAAGAGACCAUCACCAGAGGGGAUUACGGUCAGGGUGACAAUAAGGAGAAGUUCAGAUUCGCCCGGACGUUAGUCCUCAUCCAGUGUGUUAUCAGCGCUCUGUUUGCUAAAUUCUUGAUCCAGUUUUUUGAGGGCUCCAAACCGGACACCACUAAGAGCUGGCUCUAUGGAGUGUGUUCCCUUUCUUAUCUUGGAGCCAUGGUCUCUAGUAACUCUGCCCUUCUGUAUGUCAACUACCCCACACAGGUAUUGGGGAAAUCCUGCAAACCUAUACCAGUGAUGAUCCUUGGUGUGACAAUACUGAGGAAGAAGUAUCCUCUGGCUAAGUACCUGUGUGUGCUGCUCAUUGUGAGCGGUGUCGCUCUGUUUCUCUACAAACCAAACAAGAGCUCAGCGGUUGCAGACGACCAUGUGUUUGGGUUUGGAGAGAUUCUGUUGCUCGUCUCGCUGACAUUGGACGGCCUCACUGGUGUGGCGCAGGACCACAUGAGGGCCCGCUUCCAGACGAGUGCCAACCACAUGAUGCUCAACAUCAACUUGUGGUCUACUCUGGUGCUGGGACUGGCUGUGUUGUGGACAGGGGAAGUUUGGGACUUCCUUAGUUUUACUGAACGCAACCCGAGCAUCAUCUACAACAUUCUUCUGUUCGGAGUAACCAGUGCUUUAGGCCAGACCUUCAUCUUCAUGACGGUGGUGUACUUUGGGCCUCUGACCUGCUCCAUCGUCACCACCACCAGGAAGUUCUUCACCAUCCUCGGCUCGGUUAUUCUGUUCGGCAACGUUAUGAGCACAAUGCAGUGGGUUGGCACCAUCCUGGUGUUUCUCGGUCUCGGAUUUGAUGCUAAAUUUGGCAAGGGCCCAAAGAAGACGACCCACUGAAACAUACGGCGCACCUGAGGGAAAGAUUGCAGAACAAGAAGAAACACUCUAUAGCCAGUAUCUUAUUUUCACAUGACAUCAUGAACAGGCAUCCUGUAUGUGCCUCGGGGUUUGUUUUUUUUGUUGCUAUGGUCAGAUCUUUAACUUCACUGUGUUUAAGGGAGCUCUUGUAAUUUUCAACUUCAGCUUCUGUUGUGUACAGUGGAUAUGUUGAAGAGACACGGUUAACUUGGGAUCAAGUCCUGGAUGAACUGCAAAGAAGCCACUCGCAUCUUUUUGUUUUUAACUGCAAGACGCCACACAGCAGCAGAGGAAUUAUGAAGGGCUGUAAGACAAAGAGACAAGUAUCUGUUUUUGAAACCAACUCACCCCCCUCGGAUAGAUACUGAAACAAGCAAGGCCUGAAACAGAAAUCUCCUACAUUUCAAUCAUAAACUUCCAAAAAAGGUUUGGUUUACAAGUUGACGCUUGAAUAUGUGCAAUAAUCACACAUGUAGUCAAUUUCUUGGCAAACAUUUGGCCAAGCAUCAUGUUAUUAUAAAAUAUAAACGGUUGUAUGUAAACUAUUGUGUUAUGUCCAAUCUUACUAUUGAAUUGUUUGAACUUUAUUUUCUUCUAGCUGAACGUAACUUAAAAAGGGAAAUUGUUAUAAAA